AUGUUGUUACCUCGCUUCCUCACCGAAUCGUAUCCAAUGGAACGGCAUUAUUUUGCUGUGCCAAAGUUUGCUUUAACGCUGAUCGGUUUCUAUCCGGAACAGGAGCGUACUUUAGCUGUGAAAUUGUGGAGUUUCUUUAACUUUUUCAUCCUCACCUAUGGAUGUUAUGCCGAGGCUUACUAUGGCAUACACUAUAUACCCAUAAAUAUAGCCACGGCCUUGGAUGCUCUAUGUCCUGUGGCUUCUAGUAUUUUAUCCUGGGUUAAAAUGGUUUCCAUUUGGUGGUAUCAAGAUGAGCUAAAGAGUCUGAUUCAGAGAGUGAGAUUCCUAACGGAAGAGCAGCAGAAAUCGGAAAGAAAGUUGGAUUACAAAAAGAGGUUCUAUACCUUGGCAACCAGGUUGACUUUUUUACUGCUAUGCUGUGGUUUAUCCACAAGUACUUCUUAUUCGGUGAGACAUCUCAUGGAUAAUAUUCUAAGACGAGCUCAUGGCAAGGAUUGGAUUUAUGAGACGCCUUUUAAAAUGAUAUUCCCCGAUCCCCUACUACGUCUACCCCUAUAUCCCAUCACCUAUAUUCUGGUCCACUGGCAUGGUUACAUCACCGUAGUUUGUUUUGUAGGAGCCGAUGGUUUCUUUCUGGGUUUCUGUUUGUAUUUCACCGUUUUACUUCUUUGUCUACGGGAUGAUGUCGAAGAUUUACUGGAGGUUAAGAAUAUUGAAGAGAUUCCCACUGAAGAGCAGGAAGCUCGAAUAAUUUGGAAAAUGGAAAGACUAGUGGAUCGUCAUAAUGAGGUGGCCGAACUGACUGAGAGAUUAUCAGGUGUUAUGGUGGAGAUAACACUGGCUCAUUUUGUAACCUCAAGCUUGGUUAUUGGCACCAGUGUGGUGGACAUUUUAUUGUUCUCUGGCCUGGGCAUUAUUGUUUAUGUGGUGCAUACCUGCGCUGUGGGCGUAGAAAUCUUUCUAUAUUGCCUAGGAGGUUCUCAUAUUAUGGAAGCGUGUUCCGACUUGGCUCGCUCUACAUUUUCUAGUCAUUGGUAUGGACACAGUGUUCGAGUUCAGAAGAUGGCUCUCUUGAUGGUGGCUCGGGCUCAAAGAGUGCUUACCAUAAAAAUACCCUUCUUUUCUCCUUCCUUGGAGACCUUGACUUCGAUCUUACGCUUUACAGGUUCUCUGAUUGCCUUGGCAAAGUCUGUUAUAUAA